GGCAGGGGCGUGGUCUGACUCCCGCAGCCCGGGCGGCGCGGGGACACCGCCAAAGCCCGGGAAGCUGCUGCGGGGCGAUGGCCGUGCCGAGCCCGGGGCCCCGCGAGGCGCUGGCCCCCUCCCCAGAGGCUGGACACAGAGUAGCCGCCUCACGCUCCAGCCGUCGUGGACUCUUCUGGCGCCUGCGGGACAAGCAGUCUCGCCUGGGCCUGUUUGAGAUCGGCCCGGGCCACGAGCUGCAUGGCUUGGCAUGUAUGAUGCAGGCAGGGCUAUGGGCAGCCACCCAGGCCUCCAUGGACCACCCGCCCACGGGGCUGCUCACUCAAGAGGACUUUUCUGAGGUGCUGACCCAAGUUCAUGAGGGCUUCGAGCUGGGCACCCUGGCUGGCCCAGCCUUUGCCCGCCUGCGCCGCUCGCUGGGCCUGGUGGAGGAGGACUAUCAGGCGGCGUUGGGCCCCGGGGGGCCCUACCUGCAGUUCCUCAGCACCUCCAAGAGCAAGGCCACCUUCUUCCUGUCCCACGAUCAGCGCUUCUUCCUGAAGACCCAACGGCGCCGGGAGGUGCGCGUGCUGCUUGCCCACCUGCCCCGCUACGUGCAGCAUCUGCAGCGCCAUCCGCACUCGUUGCUGGCCCGCUUGCUGGGAGUGCACAGCCUGCGGGUGGCUCAGGGCAAAAAGAAAUACUUCAUCAUCAUGCAAAACGUCUUCUUCCCCGCCGGCCGCAUCGCUGAGAGGUAUGACGUCAAAGGCUGCCAGGUGAGCCGCUGGGUGGAGCCAGGCCCCGAGGACAGCCCCAUCAUUCUGGUGCUGAAGGACCUCAACUUUCAGGGCAAGACCAUCCAGCUGGGCCCUCAGCGGAGCUGGCUCCUCCGCCAGAUGGAGCUGGACACGGCCUUCCUCCGUGAGCUCAACGUGCUGGACUACAGCCUGCUGAUGGCCCUGCAGCGCCUCCAGGAGGACGAGCGGGGCCAGGGAGGCAGCCUCGUCUUCCGCACAGUCAGGUCCGUGCAAGGGGCCGGGAGCCCGGAAGAGACCGAAGCGCAGAACCGCAGGCUUCUUCCCGACAGCCCCAACGCCCUGCACGUGCUUGACGGGCCGGAGCAGCGCUAUUUCCUGGGCCUUGUCGACCUCGCCACGGUCUACGGGCUCCGCAAGCGGCUGGAGCACCUGUGGAAGACAUUGCGCUACCCAGGCCGGACCUUCUCCACCGUCAGCCCUGCGCGCUACGCCCGGCGCCUCUGCCAGUGGGUGGAAGAGCAUACGGAGGAGUGACGGGCACCGACGGGGGAGCCUGGGGCCUCUCCGCGCCAGCAGGGUGCAGCCACCCCCCACCAGGGUCUCCCUCUAUGUGCGUUUUUCCUCAAUUCCUCAAGCAAGGCUGUUACAUUCUCUUCUUAGAGACUAGGAGAUGGAGGCUCUGGGACCGAGCAGGACCACUCAGCACUAAAACUGUCGAGCCUACGGUGGUCUUAACCGCGGGCUCCCACCACCCCAUCUGGCUCCCGGGCAGGGGGACCCCGCGGGCUGAUGGCCAGAGCUCCCACUUCUCCCGUGUGGCCCAGAUGAGGAAGCUGAGGCCCAGAGACUCCCAGAGGAUCACACACGGGAGAACCCAGCCUCAAGCCCUGGGGGCUGUUGUGGGAGCCCCUCCCCUGUGCUUUGCUCUGUGAAAUGGAACCUCAUUAAACAUUCCUAGAGCACUUGACUUGUGAGCUUGGGGCCUCCCACCACCUGUCAGAUGACACAGCUAACGGGAAGAGUGAACUUGGAUUCCUGGAAAAAAAUUUUUUUUUUCCCACAUUGGCAUCACUGCUAGCCAGGUGGCUUUGGGUGAUUACUCAAUCCAUCCAUCCUGACGUCAGC